GCAAUACUUCUUUUGUUCUAUAUGUGAACAUCAUGGAAUAAUUGAUAAUAAAAAUCUAUAAGAGAAUUAACGUUAAAUAUCUAUAAACGAAUAUUCUUCAAUUUUAAUCAAUCACAUUCGUGCUCUAAAAACGAACAUUAAAUUGUUUGCCAGAAAAAUGGGUUCAUUUGAAGGACAUAUCCUACCAGGAACAAUUUUCCUCUUAUUUGGAGUACGGAUUGUGUACAAAGUGCUGGAAAGAUACUACCAGUGCCGGAAGGUGCUUCUCUUGACCACCAACACCAAGGACGCACUGCACUACCAGUUUCGGUCUAGUUUGUCCUACCGCAGCUCCGUGUGCCCGACGCUACCCUGCGAAGAACUGGCGGUCCUCGCACUAGCUAUCAUCGGAGCACUGGGAGAAUUGCUGACUGGUUUCAACUCAGACGGAAGUUUUCGUGCAAGCAACGGCCACCACAUCACAAUGUACCUCUUCUUCGCGCUGGCCUCAGGCGUUGCGCUUCUCAAGUAUUACGGUUGCCCUGUGCCAACUGACUGCGAUUACGGGAGCGUUAUCCUGGCGUUCGGUUUAGAGGGCUUGCUUUUCUACAAUCACCUCCAUGGCCGCCCGCACAUGGAUGUGCAGGUACACAUGUUCCUGGUGUACACGAUAUUCCUGGUGUACACGAUAUUCCUAGUGUACACGAUAUUCCUGGUGUACANCACGAUAUUCCGCAGGUUCACAUGUUCCUGGUGUACACGAUAUUCCGCAGGUUCACAUGUUCCUGGUGUACACGAUAUUCCGCAGGUUCACAUGUUCCUGGUGUACACGAUAUUCCUGACCACGGCGGCUUUCUUCUGCGAAAUGCUCAGUAGACGCAGCGUCCUCGCAGCGCUGGCCAGAGGUUACUUCAUCGUUGUUCAGGGAUCGUGGUUCUACCAGAUCGGCUUUAUCUUGUACCCUCCAUUCGGCCAGCACUGGGACGUGGACGAUCAUAAACAAAUGAUGCUAGUUUCUCUGAUUCUGAUCUGGCAUUUCGCGGGCGCUUUGGUGCUGGUAGCAGCCAUAGCCUCGCUUGCUUACUGUCGUACGCGGAUGUUGGCUCCAAGCCUGGCCAAGAGUCGGCUAGAGAACGAUUUUAACUUUGUUAACAAAUGGAGAGAAAAGUGCAACUCUGAGUAUAUGAUAAUGAUGUCUGAGGAUGAAAAAGAGGACGUUGCAUGAAAAAGUUGCCUUCAAAACAUCAUCUUGCAAUUUAAUGAUACAAUGAAUGAAGCAUCGAUUCAGCUUCAUUUAUUAUACAAUGUAAAAUGGUGUAUCGCAAACAAAAUUUUGUUACACGUGGAAUGAUAUGUGAUGACUAUGCUGAUGAAUAUAUAUCGAUGAUUGUGAAUAUUUUUUUCGCAGAUUUGACAUUUUUCAAUUUCUUAAACCUCAUUUGAGUGCAGAAUUCAAGUUAAUAUUUAUCACAAUUACUCAAAUGGCUGAAUGAUUGAGGCAGAAUUAGCAUCAAUAAAUUAAAUAAACCAAUAAAUAUUCGAUCCGUCUCAUGAAUUGUUGACUUUUCGAUGGGUCAACGUCUGAAUUUGAUUCACAGUUGUUCGUAAAAAUGUUGAAAAGGAUGAGGUAGAUUUAAUAUCAGUGAACAAUAAUAAUCAAUGUUACAUGGAUUAUUGUGUUAUAACAAAUAUCUUCUUGCCUGUGUUAUUGCGGACAAAUUAUUUUAGUGCAUUGCAAGAACACUUAUGUACGCUGAUAAGCGUACAUAAGUGUUCUUCGAUUUAUGUACACUGAUAAUUAAUUAUUAGAAUGUUUAUAGAAGUAUUGUCUACUGGAAUAAUUUUAAUAAUAUUGUAGAAAUCACUGCUUUAAAUGAAAUAUUCACGAAACGAUUUAAGGCUGAUACUUGUUUCAUUUUUGAAUUACUUCAAAUAACUACCAUAACGAAGAGGAGAUUAAUUCGAGUAUCAUUUGAAUUUUUUCAAUUUUUCUGGCGAAUCAACAGUUGCCCAAGUUUUAUCACAAUAAAUCAGCUCUUUGUGAGUCCCGAUAGAAUAUUUGAAUAAUUUUUAGAGCAAUGAUCACAUCCCGCCGGCCGGUACAAGUGUGUCUUGAUAAGAUAAUCGAAGAUAUUCAAACAGUUUGUCCGCUUUAGUGCAAGCCACAGAUCUCGUCAUAAAUGCGCUGCAAAGCCAGUCAGUGACAGUUCUCUCAAAAUUCAAUACACAAAUAUGCUAUAAUAGUGAAUAAAAGUAGGAAGAGCGGGCAUCAAAAUAUGUUCUACGUAGAUAUUUGGGUGGUAUAUUUUGGCAGUUUGUUCUAUUUUUCCAAUAUUAGACUUAUAAUGUCUUACCACUGAUUAUUGUUUCCUGUGUAACGUCUUUGUGGUAGUGCUACCUUAUGUGUGUGCUCAGCUGCAGGAUUAAAAGGUUGUUUCUAAAUUGUGUUGAUGACGCACGAAAACUUUGCUACACAUUUUCUCAUGGAGUGAUGUACUGACAAAUGAUCGCUUCUAGAACUUUCUUCGGUAUAGUGAAACGAAGUCUUGAAAGUUACUGACCAAUUACAUGAAUGCAGUGUUAUCAGAUAAAUAAGGCAGCAUUUUAGGAGUUUCAUAGUAAAUUUAAUCAAAUUUAAAUAUAUUUUAUGCAAUGUGUGCGGAUGUCACAAGCGUGGAUGAGCUAGGCAUGACCGAUGUGACUCAUAAUAAAAAAUUAGUUAAUACGAUCAUUAUAAAAGUGAGGCUUUUUACGGUUAUUCUUUUGGAAGCUAAAAAGGUUUAUCUGUAUGCAUUUGACCGAAUCGCUACUAAAUAAACUUAAAUGCAUGACAGCAAAUUUUAAAUCUCAGUUAUCCUUAUGAAGAGUUUGAUGAUUGUUCUUUGUGAAAUACUUUUCGGUUCUUGCCUUUAAAUGUAGAGUUUUUAUAGAUUUUUUAUAGAUAGGUAAAGGCAUCCUGAUGAAAGCCUGCUACAUUAAAGGUACUUUAUAAAUGCUUUGUUUGAGGUUACGUAGAUAUUUAGAAUAGCUCUCGUGAGGUGAUUAUUAAUAAAAGUCAGAGAUACAUGUUAUCAUUGAAAUUUAAGAUCUAUUGUCUUGUAAUAUGCGAUUCGUUCUUGUAAGAAGCGCCUCUUUUGAUUCACAUGAAGUUGUUUUAUUCUGCUGGAACAAUGAAUUAAUAAAUGUUAUACUGCAAACCUUUUACACUUGCUUUAAUUGAAGUGCUUACCUCAAUACGAACCUCUAACAACAAGUGGUCGUGGGGAUGUUUCAAAAAUGUUUUUUAUUGCUAUUAUUUACUUAUUUUUUUCGAUUUAAA